GUUGAGGAAUCACUGUAUAUAAUUCGGUGACAGAGGCGUACAUUGAUCUUUUAAACCCACCCGCUAUUCAUUUAACCCUUUCUGACCGAUUUUUUUUAUUUAUUUAUUUAUUUAUUAACUGUUCUUUUCUUGUUUUUCUUUAUGUAUUUAGUCGGUUGAUUUAAAAAAAAAAAAAAUUGCAGGAGUAUGCACUUCUAACCUAAUGCUAAUGCAUGUAUGCCUUUGUAUUUGUGUUAUAUUUACAUUUUUUUUUUCUUUUGCUUUGUUUUUUCCAGAGUCUAAAGUCAUAAAGUUUGGAACGUGCACGGUUAUGGAAAGAUCUGACAGUAAAAGGGACAAAAAAAAAUCAUUUAAGCGUUAAUGUAUAACUACUGUAAAAAUAUUUUAAUUUAGAGUUUUUAACUCCUAGAGGACAUGCAAUGUACAUGUAUGUCAAUGCUGCCUUGUCCUUGGUGCACAUUAAUGUACAUGUAUUUCGCAUUGUACAGUAAGUUUGUGGCGAGCGCAGGAAUUGCCACUCACAGUAAAUGACGGUGGUCAUGGUGAUGUUUGUCACUUACCUUUUAAAUGCCAGUAUAUAAGAAGUUUCUGACAUGAGUGGUGUCUGUUACCUGCUUAUCUGCACCCCGCCCCCCUAAUGUGACUGUGUUUUUCCUGGCAGCCAGAGUCCUUCUCAUACAGCAUGUUCAGAUCACCAAUCUAACUAAUCAUUGCUAUGAAAAUUAGCUGUUUCCUCAAGGAUAAAACUGGUUUUGGCCUUCACGGAUUAAUUGUAGAAAUUGACAAUUGGUCAAACCAAAAACGGUAUGCGUUGUUUUCUGAUUUCAAAUAAUGAAAAAAAUAUAUCUUCAUAUUUAUUUUUUACCAAAAAAAUACUAAUGUUUAAACAUAGGAAGACUUCAGAAAUCAAUAUUUGGGGAAAUAACCCUGAUUUUUAAUCACAGCAUGCGUCUUGGCAUGCUCUCCACUAAUCUGUCACAUUGCUUUAGGCCACUUCUGGCACACAAAAAAAUUGAAGCUAAAAUCUGCAACUGUUCAGUCCUCCGGCCUGGUCCUCUUUCUUCUUCCAUGUGCAUGGAUUGUCGCACUGUGCUCAGCCUCUCACCCGCCGAGGCGGGACAUCGCUGCGGCCGGUGAUAGGCUGACUCAAGAUACUUUUCAGUAGACUACUCCUUUAAACAAAACUGUUAAUUUUACUCAAACACAUCUACCAAUAGUAAAACCAGAGAAAAUUAUAAUUUUGCAUUGUGCUGCAUCCAUCCUAUCUAUCUUUCUAUCUAUCUUUGUUUCUUUUCUUUCUGUUUGAGACAUACAUAUACGGUUUCUCGGUCGGCUCCACGCAUAGAGUAUGCACUGUCAACCCCUUCUUGCCACUGGCCAGUGCCCGGGGUGUACCUUGGGUCCAGGUCCUCCUUUCUACAUGCUCGUCAUGCUGUAUCAGCACAGCAUGAUGCAGGCUUCAAAGGCUGGCUGAAGACUUCACUAGGUAUGUUAAUUUUCCGGGACAGAGUGAGCAUUUUUUACCCCCCCCUCUUCCCUCCUUGGGGAUCAUCUACCUUAUUCUGGCAACCUCUGGAGUACCAUUAUCUGGGCUCACUCUGCUAGAAAACCUUCUCCUGCUCGGUCAUCCACAUACUUUCUGUUGCCGGAGCCAACACAUUUCUCCCUGAGCUCCGCAGUCUCCCUCAUGGUGCGGCGGGCGGUGCACUGACCAGCACUUGUAUUGAGCCUCUGUGCACUGUUUUCUGCCUGCGGCUGUGCAAAUAGAGCUUGGCCGGCAGUUUUCUUUCGUUUUUGGCCACCUCCGCGAACGAGCGGUGGGGAAUUAUAAAUUGAGGAACAGGCUGCAGCCUUUAGCUCCGCCCAUUCACCGUCAGCCGGGCAUUUCCGUGGGUCUCCUGCCUCCUUCUCCUAGCCGGCCUAUCGUUUUUCAGCGUGGGCACUGGGGGUUACUGUCCUUCUAUCAGGUGUGCAGGGGUCAUUCCCGAGGGCUUCCUCCUUCUUUCCUCCAAUGAGGGCCAGCCUGGCUCCUGUAACUUCCUCUCUCUCUCCCUGCCUGGACAGAGUGCCUGCUCUUCCAGUUACAGCUGCAUCUCCUCUCCAUCUGAGGGACACAGAAACCAGGUGAGACUGCUCCAUUUUCAUUGCUGUCUGACCUCUUCCCCCCCCCCCCCCCCCCCUCUCCAGACAGGCCACUGCAGCCCUGGUCACUUAUUACUCUUGUGUGGGCUGCAAAAGUAAAAUGCCUGGUUGUUCUGCUGAAUCCACCUGUCCCGCCUGCACCACUGCGCGGCCCUGCCCUCCUGGGCCUUCCUCCCAGGAUGUUCCGCCAAAGCAUGCGGUUUCUGCUGAAUUUGACUCCUUACUGGAAGCAGCAUGGAAGCAUACAAACAAACACUUCAAAGGGACUAAGGGGGUUCCGGUGCAGUUUCCAUUUUCCCAGGACUUGAUUUUGAAAUGGACAACACCGCCUGCUGUGGAUCCUCCAGUUUCCCGUCUGUCAAAAUUGACUACUCUACCAUUGGCGGAUGCGGCCUCCUUUAAGGAUCCAGCGGACAAUAGGAUUGAGAAUCUGGCCAAGUUUGCCUUUGAAGUGACUGGUUCAUCCUUGCUUCCCGCUUUCGCGUCUGCUCGGGUGUCCAAGGCCCUGUCUGUCUGAGUUUCCCAACUCCGCCAGGGCAUAUUCAGAAGAUCUGGCGGAUCUUGCACUUCAACUGUCCAAUGCUGGAGACUACUUGUGCUCUGCUUCCUUGCAGUCUGGCCAUUGUACGGCUUUUGCUUCAGGUAAUCCAUGUGCCUGAAGGAAGGCUUGGGACGCCGAUGCCAACUCUAAGAAGUCUCUCACAGAGCUUCCUUUCUCCGAGACCUGACUCUUUGGUAAACACCUGGACGAGAUUAUCUCUAAGGCUACUGGAGGUAAGAACUCCUUACUACCGCAAAACAAGUCACGCCGUACCGAGUCCCGCCAGAAGUCAACCUCCUUUCGGUCCUUUGGCUCGGGCAGCCAGGACAGUGCCCUCACAGGAUAGGAAGGCUCCUUCCUUCAAGGCACAUCCUUCCUGGAAGUCUGAUAACCGUUCAGGCCUCUUUGCACCCAAGUCGGGCACCGUAAGCCUCAAUCCGCCUGAAGGGACGCCCUCACCUGGGAAUUCUUUUCGGGUGGGAGGUCGUUUGUCCCAGUUCCGUGACAUUUGGCUUGCCCAGGUGCAGGACUCUUGGGUCCAAGAUGUCAUUUCCGACGGCUAUCUGAUCGAGUUUGCUUCCUUUCCAGGGGACCGCUUUUUCCAUUCUCGACCUCCUCGUUCUCCUUCUUGGUGGCGGCCUUUCGGGUCGCACUUCAGACCCUUCUCGCUCAGGGAGGGAUCGUCCCAGUUCCUCCCAGGGAGAGCGUUUUUCAGGGUUCUACUCAAAUCUUUUUGUCAUCCCCAAAAAAGGGGUCCCGUCCACCCUAUACUGGAUCUGAAGCUCCUCAACCGCCACCUCCUCCUGCGUCAUUUCCGUAUGGAGUCUCUCUGGGUGGUGGUGGUGGCCUCCAUGGAUCAAGGAGAGUUUCUUUCAUCGGUGGAUAUCCGGGACGCAUGUCUUCACGUCCCAAUUUUUCCGGCUCAUCAGUGGUAUCUCCGCUUCGCCGUCAGGAGGGCCAUUUUCAGUUUGUGGCCCUUCCUUCCGGCCUGGCCAUGACCCCAAGGGUCUUCACCUAGGUCCUGGCAGUGGUGAACACCAUCCUUCGUGCCCUGGGUGUGUCCGUGAUCCCUUAUCUGGACGACCUCCUGAUCAAGGCUCCAACCAGGGACCAGAAUCGGGAGAGUCUUCGCCUCACUCUACAGACCUUGUCACAUUUUGGCUGGGUGAUCAACCAGGAAAAGUCCAACCUGACUCCCACCCAAUCCCUGAUCUUCUUGGGACUCCAGUUCGACACGGCGGCCGCCCGGGUUGGGCUCCCGCCGGAUGGGAUCGGACGGUCCAGGGCCAUUGGUCCUCUCAGGAAGCUGUUCACACCAUAGAAAUCCUGGAACUCUGGGCAAUUUACCUUUUUGCCUUCUCCAGGUCCCGUCCUGUACAGCUGUGGCGUAUGUCAAUUGCCAGGGCGGCACUCGCAGCCCUGCAGCGAUGUCCGAGGUCUCCAGGAUCAUGCUCUGGGCGGAACUCAGAGUUCCCUCCAUUCCGGGGUUGACAAUUGGAAAGCGUAUGUCCUCAGCCGCUCCUCUGCCGACCCCAGCGAGUGGUCCCUUUAUCCGGAGGUGUUUGCGGAAAUCUGCAACCUCUGGGGGACGUAGACCCCUUCGCAUUUUGCCACAACCAGAAAGUUUGUCCCAAAGUCCCGCGAUCCUCUGGCUCUGGCCGUGGACGCCUUAGUGAUCUCUUGGUCGCACUUCGUCCUCCCCUUUCUAUUCCCUCCUCUUCCUCUCCUUCCCAGGGUGAGGAUAGAGGAUAACUUGAAUUAAUAGACAAAGCCCUUUUUUUAGGCUGCAUUCACACUAAGUUUUGUCCAUACGGGGACUGGAUCCAGCUGGGGGAUGGGAAAACCAGGCACUCUUAUAUCC